UAAAUCCGUCACCGUCACCAUCACCAACAAAUCACCAUAGCCACCGCCAUUGUUGAAACAUAUUUCUAAUGUUAUCUUCAUCGCUACUGUUACCACUGACACCACUAUUAUUAUGUCGCGAUUCCAUCUUUUGGAAAUCAAUUUGGUCUCAGCACAAGACCUCGAGCCAGUAUCCAAGGUCAUGAACACCUACGCGGUCACAUGGCUUAACCCAGAACGCAAAUUGCUGACAAGGGUCGAUCAACACGGCUAUACAAACCCGACGUGGAACGAGAAAUUCUUGUUCAGGGUCGACAACGAGUUCCUCAACUCCGACACCUCCGCCAUCAUGGUCGAGAUACAUGCGUCCUCGUGGAUUCGCGACAUUCUAAUAGGCACCGUUCGUGUCCUCGUUAACAAUCUCCUCCUCCCUCAACCAACCUCGAGAAAAGGCAAAUCGCGAAUGCGAAUCGUACCUUUACAAGUUCGACGCCCCUCGGGCCGCCCACAAGGGAUUCUCAACGUUGGUGUCACACUUCUCGAUAGCAACAUAAGUAGCAUGCCAAUUUAUAGGCAGUUCAGCGCAUCGGCAAUAGGGUAUUGGGAUAUAAUGGCUGUGAAUAAAGCAGGUCGAAAGAAAAGUGAGGAACAGUCUUCAAGCACAAACGAUGUGGAUGUGAAAACUAAUAGUAAAGCUACAAAUAUCAAAAGCGAGGUUUCUUCAAGCGCAAACUAUACUGAUAACAGAAGCGAACAACAAAGCAUUGCCAUGAGCUAUCUCCAACGUUCACAAAGCGAAAGGUCAGAAUUUAUGAGCGAUAAAUUCGUUGUGGAAAUGACCUCCGUUGAUGAAUUAGACUUUGAUGCAUUUAUGAGAGGCAAGUUUAAUAUUCCUAAGAAGUCGCUUUCGUCCGUGGAGAGCUCUAAAUUGGAUGAUUGGGCGACCGAGAUCACUACCAGUGCCGAAGGGUUGAAGUCGAAGAUAGCAAGGUGGCAGUAUACGCUUCCCCCGAUACAGGAUAGUACGUGCCAGAAGUAUGAGACGCCGGCGGUGCAGACAAUAAGGCGAAGCAGCAGGCACAGGCGUAGACACUCCACCAGUGGGGGUGGCGGUGGCAGUGGCGGUGGGUUGUUUUCGUGCUUCGGAAAAGUUUGUGGACUCCGGUUUUCGAUUAUCUGUGGUGGUGGUUCGAGAAAGAAAAGGACUGAUCAGGAAACUCGCAUUAAUCUCCUUACUGAUACAGACCAUGCAUGAUGAUUCAUAGAUUUAAGGGUAUGUAACCUUGAUUCAAUUAAGGCCACAUAAAAUUUUGAGUAUGUACCUUCUUUUUUCUUGCUUUAAAACCAGACCUUGA